AUGCUUGUCGUUGUCAUUGAGGAGGUGUUCUGCUUUUUGAAGGAUGUCGUCGCGACUAAAAUCCUUAAACCCUUGGGUUGGGACAAGAGAGACUGCACGAACUCUGCCCGGCGUUAUGCAAAUCAUAAGGCACCGCGACGUGCUUACACCCCUUCCAUCCCAUCCUAUUCGCCAGGGACAAGCUGCAUGCGCGGACCGUUUUCCGCCUUACAUGGGCCGGGAAUGCAGCAAGCAACUGUAACGGUGGAGAGGGGGAGAACACAGGUGCGAAGCCGCGAGACACACAAGUUCACACGCUGGGUACCUUCCUGUGUCGAAAGCUCGACAGGGCUACCUAGGGCCAGCCCAAAAUAUGCCGGAGAGCGCUUCUGCACCGAAGACUUCGAGAUCCGUAGUAUUGGAUUUACCUGUCAUGCUUAUACUCAUCACCCCUGGUCUGUCCGGCAUCAUAUGCGAUCAACCACCUCAGCCGGGUACAUCGACCGAGCUCGUUCGCUGCACUGUGAGCUUCCAGAAUGA